CGAUACUAUAAAUAACACACCUCAAUUGCCCCAAUGAACACAUCCUUCCAUGGUUCAACCUUUUCGCUUAGAAUUUUUUUCUUCAAAUUCAGCUUUUUCAGCUAUUCUUCACUGAUUCUGAGAAAAGAUGGCGUCGAACGGAGUCGGAAAUGGAGAAUUCAGUUUUGAUAACAAGAGGAGGACUGGGCUGCCGAAGAUCCAGACACAGAAGACAGAGGAUGAAAACGUGGUUUGCCAUGACGACAGUGCAACGCCGGUGAAAGCUCAGACGCUGGAGGAAUUGCAUUCUCUUCAGAAGAAGAAAUCGGCGCCGACUACUCCGAUCAAGUCCCCUCAUGUAUUCGGCGUUGCCGUUUCUGAAGAGGAACGACAGAAACAACAGCUCCAAUCCAUUAGUGCAUCAUUGGCGUCAUUGACACGAGAGACGGGACCAAAAGUGGUGAAAGGAGACCCGGCAAGGCAAGCGGAGACGCCAAAGGUGCAACGACCUGUUCAUCACCACCACACCCCUGCCCUUAACAUCAGUGACAGUGGCCUCAAGUUCACCCACAUCCUUUAUAAUCUCUCUCCUGCUGAGUUGUAUGAGCAAGCUAUCAAGUAUGAGAAGGGAUCAUUCAUCACGUCAAGUGGUGCUUUAGCCACACUUUCCGGAGCCAAAACUGGCCGUUCCCCAAGAGACAAACGUGUUGUUAGAGACGAAACCACUGAGGACGACCUUUGGUGGGGAAAGGGUUCACCCAAUAUCGAAAUGGACGAACAGACUUUCUUAAUCAACAGAGAAAGAGCUGUUGAUUACCUAUGCUCUUUGGAGAAGGUGUUUGUGAAUGAUCAGUUCCUCAACUGGGAUCCAAACAAUCGUAUCAAAGUUAGAAUUGUAUCUGCCAGAGCCUAUCACUCCUUGUUCAUGCACAACAUGUGUAUCCGACCCACUCCAGAAGAGCUGGAGGAUUUUGGUACUCCGGACUUCACAAUUUACAAUGCUGGUCAAUUCCCAUGUAACCGUUACACCCACUAUAUGACUUCCUCCACUAGCAUAGACAUCAAUCUUGCUAGGAGGGAAAUGGUCAUCCUUGGCACACAGUAUGCUGGGGAAAUGAAGAAAGGUCUUUUCGGGGUAAUGCACUAUCUAAUGCCUAAGCGCCAAAUUCUCUCUCUACACUCUGGCUGCAAUAUGGGAAAAGAAGGAGAUGUAGCCCUCUUCUUUGGAUUAUCAGGAACUGGGAAGACAACACUGUCUACUGAUCAC